AUGCAUCUCAUCGCCGCCAUUCAGGUCAAGGCAACAAGGUUGACAUUCAAUCAGUCUGUCAUUCAAGUCGAGGACAGUCAAAUCAAACAGCCGCAGUAUCGUCAGCACGCCGAAAUAGUUGACUUUGGAAGCGAGGGAGCCGACGGCGAUGAGGAUGAUGCCACAGAUGACGAUGACGAUGAAAAUGGAGAGCAAGAAGACGGGGACGAUUAUGAUGAGAACGAUCCAAAAAACUAUCGUAUGACACAAGAAGAGUCUGAUUUCCUUGAGCGACAAGGCAAAGCACACCUUCCUAUUGAAGAUGCUGUUGCAUUCCUGGCCCAGGCUCGUUCAGAAGGCUUCCCGACAGUUGAUGGCGACUCCUACCCGACUACCACGGACGGCGAGCCCACCGAGUGGCGAGGAGAGCAAGGUCUGACACGUGAACCUCCCUCGCCCCGACGAUCUGUCGUGAACGGCCAUCGUCAAAUGGCCCAGCUGUCCACGCCUCGUCAACCACAGGGCGGAAGUAAUGCGCAGCCUCUGCACAGCUCGACCAAGCUCUUCAAGCAGUCGGCAAAUAUUCGUGACCAGCAACGUGAUCCCAUUGCGCGCUCCGCCUGCGAUUACGACCUCGAAGUCCUUCACAAAAUGAGCUACGACCAGCUCAAGAACGAGAGCUUCGAUUCCAAUCCCCGUGCAAAGGACCCGCCGCUGUCUGAAGACAUGCUUCAAAAGCCCCUCGUUGAGCGCCUCGAGCACGUGCAGAAGAAUUUCAAUCCAAUCAAACAAUCUGAAUUCUUCCACGCCCUACCCACCCGCGAAUGGGAGGAUGCCGGAGAUUGGUUCCUCGAGCAGUUUGGUAGCAUCAUCAAUCGGACCAAAGAGGCACGCAAGCAAAAGCGCAAGCUCGCUGAAGGCUUCGAGGACGAGAUUGAGAAGCGACACAAGCACGUGAGCAUGAAAUGCCGUCAAGUUGGGGAUGCGAUGUCGAAGAUGGAAGCUCAGGGCGAAGGACUAGUCCCUAGGAGCCCGAAGCCAAAGAGGCGCUGA